AGGUCCUGAAAGCGGCCGACACGUUCGUGUUCGAGAAGAAUCGCGUGAUCAAGUCUGACCUGCUCCAGGCACAGUUCACCAUCCUCCGGAACAACAACAUGCAGUGCCAGCAGAUCGUAGUGUUCCCGCGGCUCUCCACCCCCUCCGGGCUGGACGUCACCCCGCGACCUAAUCACCGCACGUCAGACUUCUACGACGGCAUCUACGGCACAGGACCCCCGACCUCUGGAGGUCGCUACGUGACCUACAACCCCAUGAUCGUCAACAGAAGCAACAACGACGACCCCAGCAAAGUGUCGAACCCCAGCUCCAAACCGGAUGUGAAGCCAGAGGGCCCGCCUGAGCCCGAAAAGCCUGGAGCUGUGAAGGGACCGGAGAACGCUGCCGUCGGGGCGCAUGCGCAGGGGAGGAACUGGAAGCGGUGCGCCGCCAUGUUCCUCUCUGUGUUCGUAACACUAGUUGCAAAACAUCUGAUGACGUCGUCAAGAACUGUGGAUACUCUCGUAGCCGUCAGGGUAACGUGAUAGAUGUUAUUAAAAUAAUAUUUAGAAAGCUAAAGGAAGUAGGCUGUUUUACGUCGCGCUUGAUACGAUAGAAGCUGCAGUCAAACAGUGUGUAUGAGACAUGAAGGGACUACCCUAAGACACGUAAUUAUUUCUCUGUGAAUGAACCAGGACAGGAGGGUGCUCAGAUAUUGAUGACGUCAUCAGACAUUGCUGCUCAUGGCUGCGAAUUGAGAGUUGCGUAUGGACAACUGGGCUCUACACUGCAGCAACUAUAGGAAAAUAAGAGUGUUACAGAUCUCAACUCUCUCGAUGAGGGCGUAAAAGACCUCUACAUUUUUGUAAAAAGCAACAUCAGCUCUGAGUGUGAGCCUGUUCACCAGCUGCGUUUUCAAGUUCGUGUGAAGCACAAACUGGAGGAGAACAAAAAAAGAUGUCGUUUUUCUUAAAUUUUCUUGAAUCUAGAUAACGUCGGAUAAAGUGUAAAGGCUAUGCUGCUUUCUCUUGAGUGUCUUUUAAGCUUUAUAAACUUGUGAGGGUUGCACAUGAAGAAAAAAAAACAUAUCCGUAUAGAAUAAUUGUAUGUCUGUGACUUUCUGUUUCUGCAAUGAAUAUGUAGGGCUUUUUUUUGUUUGCUUUUUUCCUUUAUUUUACUUUUCUAAUCUAGCGUGGCAACGAAAAACAGAGUUUAUGAAAGUGAAAGAGAGUGUUGAAGUGCUAAAGAGAAAACAAUUAUUAUUUAGCAAUUGCACAGAAGCAGGACCUACAAGUGUCGCCUCCAAUCACCCGCGAUA